AUGGAAAAUCGUUCAAAUGACGCAGACCUUCAAUCACUUGCAAACUGUAAAAUCGAUGAAGAAAGACCAACUAAACCGUUAAACACGAUUAUUGUGCAUAAUGUGCAAGAUUUAACAAAAGAGGGCCUAAGACGACUCUGCAACAAUUACGGUACCGUGGUAAAUGAGUAUAGAAUUAAGAAUAACGACACUGCAUUCGUCACAUUUCAUAAUGAAAAUGAAGCUACACUUGCUGUGCAUCAAUUAAACAGUAAACUUGGCUUUGGAUAUCGUGCUUCACUUGCUUACCCAAAAGAAUCUACUUCAAAAGAAGAGUCAAACGUAAAAUUGUUAAGCAACGAGAAUUGGGAUUUAAUCAGCGCCAAUCGACGGUCCAAUGCGAUUCUUUCAUUGCCGCUACCAAUAGUUUUUCCACAGCAAAAACUGUUAAAUACGAUCGCAGACUAUCAGUCUACAAACGGAGGAGAACUCCUUCGAAAAAUUGAUCCUGAAUCAAUAUUUCGAGUAUACAAAGUAUUGGAAUUAGAGAAUAACGAUAAAACACUUCUGUACGACAAAGAAAAACGCCAAAAGCGAUUAAGUGCCUAUCAAAAGGCUUGCAAAAAUGAAGAGAAUCAUUCAGAUCGUAAUCGACUCACGUACUUCUCGUUGAAUGCAAAAGAACGGCAGAGUUUCAAAGAAAACACUUUCUGCGUGGUAUGCAAAGGCUAUGGAUUUGUGCACUGCAUUAAGUGCAAAACCUACUAUUGUUCCGCCCAACAUCAGAACCAAGAUUAUGCAGCGCACAAACUCACCUGCCAAGAGCAUACGAACAGCGAUGUAUUAGAGGGUGGCAAAAAGAAAGAAGUAGCUGAUGUGUUUGAUCUCGCGCUUCGAAGAGAUCCUUUGCCAGCAAAGCCGAAAGUGCUUAUAACUACCGUUCUUACACCAGAUCGCAUAUAUGUUCGCUUAGCUGAUCCAGCGGCGCAACGGGAUUAUGCUAAAACUCUUCUUGAUUCUGCUAAAGCUGCACGCACAACAGCGUCCUUUCUCGGGGAUACGGAACCCAUCGUAGGGGAAAUCUAUCUAGCGCCUUAUGCUCCUUUGGGAUCACACUGUCGAGUAUUGCUAACUGAAGUUGACCUGGAUGUGUCGAAGUGUGUAUUUAUCGAAUAUGGCACAGUACAGUACGUUAACAAUGACGCGCUGAUGGAGAUCAAUGAUAAUGAUUUGAAGUACCGAAAAGUAAGCGUCUAUAAAGUAUGCUUGGCGAAUGUUACAGACGAGUUAGGAGCAUUAGAAGAUGCGAUGGAGUACUUGAAUAAUCUCAAAAAUCGACAGUUGAAGAUGACGUAUAAACAAGAGCAAAAUAAUCUAGUUAACGUUCAACUACACACUUCUAGUGGCGAUAUCGUCAAUGAUAAAAUUAACAGCUUGAUUACAAUUGAUCCCAUACUAUCCGACAAAGCAUACGAAUCGUACAUCAUGUAUGAGGAUAUAGCACAAUCCCACCCUAAUUUGGGUGAAAACAGGGGUAUAAUGAUCCUAAACCGCAUAACCAUUCAGUUCGAUGGACGUGUUACAUGGAUAGCAAACGAUGACUUACCUUACUUGGAAAAUUUGCAGAACAAACUCCAGCACUAUGGUAAAAAGGUGUCCGAAUUCCAUUAUCACUACACACCGCGGAUUGGGGAGCUGUGUUUGGUUCGUUGUUGCGAGCGCUGGUACCGUGGUGUUGGAUAUGAAACUAUUGGCGAUGGCAAACCAACGCUCUUUCUCUGUGAUUUUGGAUGUAUGGUUGAGGUUUGCCUUUCCAAUGUGCGUAGAAUCCCGCAUCAGUUGGCUACAGAGGUGCGUACACAUGACGGGGUAGUGCAGGGUCUGUUACAGGCCAAGAACGACCUGAAUCUUGACUCCUUCUUCCUUGAUAUAUAUCUGCCGGAGAAUGAAGUACUACAAGCGAAUAUUAAGCAGGAAACUUUUAAAGAGCCUCUGCCAGGAUUGCCUGAAAACGAAGUUACCAACAUUGUUUUGGACAUGCAUGAAUUUUCCAAUCUUCUACAAUCUCGCCAACAAACCUUGUAA